CUCUCUGCCAUCGAGCAUCGACUAUCGAGUGACGUUACAUUCCGUGAAUUUAUCCAUUUAUUACUAUGCACGUGGAGAUGUGCGGAGUGUGAAAAUACGGUGUUUAUUAAAUUUAAGGUUACGAUAUAUCUCAUAUAAAAGAAAUUGUUAUAGCCUAGGAAAUUGCGAUUUGAUGUUUGACAUACAAAGGAAUAUGGGAUUACAGCGUUUUACCGUGAAUCUAGAUUAAAAGAAAUAAUUUAUAAGGAUCAAUUAGUUUCAAAACCCGCGUAGAACGAUUUAAAAAAAUGGUAAGACAUAACAAUCAAUUACCGGAUAAUCUUCCACAACUGCAGAAUCUAAUCAAACGCGAUCCAGAGUCUUACAAGGAAGAGUUUCUUCAACAGCAUCGGCACUACAAGUCUAUUCUAGAAAUUUUCCGUUUGGAGCCUACGCAAUUUAACAAAAGUCUCGAUGAGUUGAUAACCUUCUUGGCUCAGGUAGCCCAUUGUUACCCAGACGAUUUGAAAACAUAUCCUCAAGAGAUUAUCGACAUAUUACGAACUCAUAACAUCAUAUUAGACAAUGAAAUGCGAAUGACGUUUUGUAAAGCGUUGAUCCAACUGCGCAACAAAUCCCUUUUAGAACCUACUGCACUUCUCAGUUUAUUUUUCGAGCUUUUAAAAUGCCAGGAUAAGGCCUUGAGACAAUUCCUUCAAACGCAUAUAGUCACGGAUGUCAAGAAUAUUAACGCAAAGCACAAAAAUGCCAAAGUCAAUACAGUACUGCAAAAUUUUAUGUUCUCUAUGUUAAAAGAUCCGAAUGUCAGAGCCGCGAAGAUGUCCGUGGAUAUUAUGAUAGAAUUGUAUAAUAAAAAUGUCUGGAACGACGUCAAGACUGUUAAUGUUAUAGCAACGGGCUGCUUUUCGAAAAUAACAAAAGUAAUGGUCGCUAGUUUGAAAUUUUUUUUGGGAACCCAUGCGGAGGAGAAAGAGAGUGACGAUAGUGAUUCGGAUGAUGAGCCAAGUAUGAAGGAAAUUAUGAUGGCUAACAAAGUAAAUAAAAAAACGAAGAAACGACAGAAGCAGUUGAAAAAAGCUAAACAGUCAUUCGUAAAAGCUAAAAAGAAGAAAUCUAAGGCGCCGCAAUAUAAUUUUUCGGCAUUACAUUUAAUUCACGACCCGCAGGAUUUUGCUGAAAGAUUGUUUAAGCAGAUAGAAAAAAAUAAUGAUAGAUUUGAAGUAAAGCUUAUGAUUCUGGAUGUUGUCUCGAGACUUAUUGGCUUGCAUAGUUUAUUCCUCUUGAACUUUUAUCCGUACAUACAAAGAUUUCUUCAACCCCAUCAACGAGAGGUUACGAAACUUUUACAAUUUAUAGCUCAGGCUUCACAUGAAUUAGUGCCACCUGACAUGUUAGAACCCCUUUUGAAGACAUUGGCAAACAAUUUCAUAACGGAAAGAAAUUCUGCGGAUGUGAUGGCUAUCGGCUUAAAUACCGUACGUGAGAUAUGUACGCGAUGUCCGUUAGCAAUGAAUGAGGAUCUGCUUGAGGAUUUAACACGGUACAAGCAGUACAAGGAACGCUCCGUUAUGAUGGCAGCGCAUUCCUUAAUUGGAACGUUCAGGCGUAUAAUGCCGGACUUAUUACGUAGAAAAGACAGAGGUCGUCCUACAGAAGCCAAUGUUAUGGUAAAGUCUUCCAAGUAUGGCGAAAUUCAAGCAAGCGAAUUUAUACCAGGAGCAGAAGUUUUAUAUGAUGAACCUGCUGAUGAGAAUGCCGAAGAGAAUGAUAGCGACGAAGAAGAUGAUGACGAGUGGGUUGACGUAAGUGGAAGCAGCGAGGAGGAAAUCAGCGACGAGGAAGUCAGCGAGGAGGAAAUUGACGACGAGUCGACAGCUGAUUUAGACGAAACGGCGAAGUCUUCUAUUAGCGAAAAUAAGGAUGAUAAGACUUUACCACAUAGUGAGAACAAUAGUACACAGGAUACUUGUGCGGCGGAUAGCGGAGAACGAAAAACGGAAAGUUUUUCGCGUAAGAAAAACGCUUUGACGAAGCAACAGAAAAAGGCGCAAAAAUUAGAGAAGAAGGCGAAAUAUAAGUCCGAAAAGAACGAAGAAUUAACAGCGGAAAGGAAAGCAAAAGCGUCUGUGAUAUCCGCUGAACGAUUGCUCACUGACAAAGAUUUCAGAAAAAUUGAUGUCGCACUAGCGAAGCAAGACGUAACGUACGUUAAGCGCGGCGCUAAGAGGACGCGCGAUCAAGUAGAGGCGGACCAAGGUGGUGAAUUGGUGAAACUUAGCGAUAUAGAAAACAUAUACAAGAAACGCAAGCAUGAUAAGGCUGCCCGACAGAAAUCUGUGAAGAAGGGGCAACAAGAACGAGACAAAUUCGGUUUUAAGGAUCGGCGACAAAAUCCGUUAUGCAGUACAACAAAUCGUGAGAAGAGGAAAGGAAAAGCAUUCUCAAUGCUGAAGCAGAAAUUAAGGACAAAGGUAAAACGAUCUUUCAGAGAGAAACAAAUAGCUCUUAAAAAUCAUCUGCUGAAGCAAAGGAGAAUGAAAUAAUUAGUAUAUUGUGUAAUUAAUUUUUAUACUGCGCAUUCUUAAAUAAUAAUUUGUUAUACAUACAUAUUGUGUACAAUUUGGAGUACAUAUAAUGUACAAUAAUGCGUUGUUUUUAAAUACAUUAUAUUCUAAUUAAAGAAUUAAUAACUGCUUAA